AUGUCCUGGCCCCCAUCCACACAAGAGGGUUACCUCCCCUACUUCCUCCUCUUCUCCUCUUUCACUGCAAUAACCUACAGCCUAGUGACCUACCUCUCACCCAUCCUGUGUCUGAAACAAUUCUCAGGCCCUCGAGCACCACCGAAAACCACGCUCCUCGCGCACGUCUACGGCGUGAAGAAUGUCUAUAUCGCGCUGAUUCGCUUCUACGCGGCGUACAAUAUCCAUAAUCGCCCUCUGUAUGACCUGGGUAUUGCCAGUUUCGCCGGCAUACUCUUUCUCUAUCUAGGGGAGUGUUUUGUGUGGAGGACGAUUCGUUUUAGGGAGGCGGUUAUGGCGUUUGUUCCAGUGGGUUUGGCGUUUGUGUGGAUGGUUGGGCAGAGGGGGUGGUAUGUUGGGGCUUAG